AUGGAAGCCCAACCUACUAGAAAUAAAAUAGAAUUUAUCUCUCGCUCUCACUCUUCGUAUCUCUCUCUCACUCUCUCACUUUAUCUCUCUCUCUCUCUGAUUAGCUAUCUGUCUACCUAUGCCGGUUCAUCCACUCUCUCUCUCUCUCUCUUUCACUGCCUCUCUCACCAUUUCCCCCUCUCUAUCUGUCUAUCUAUACCUGUUCACCAUAUCUAUCUAUCCAUCUCAUCAUGCUCAUUACUAUCUCACUCUAUUUCUCACUCCCUAUCUAUAUACCUGUUUAUCCAAUGUCUCUCCCUCUCUCUCUCUCUCUCUCUCUCUCUCUCUCUAUCUAUCUAUCUAUCUAUCUAUGCCUGUUCCUUCCACUUUUUCUCUUUUUUAUCUUUCUAUCUGUCCAUCACUCUCUCUCGCUCUCUCUCUGUAUCUAGAGACAGAUAUAUCUUCCUGUUUAUUCUUCUCUCUCUCUUUCUCUCUCUCUUACUGUAUUUCUAUCUAAGAUUGUGCCUUUUCUUUUUCUUUUUCUUUUCUUUCCUUUUUUCUUUUUCUUUUUCUUUUCUUUUUCUUUUCUUUUCUUUUCUUUUUCUUUUCUUUUCUUUUUUCUCUUUACUUUUUCUUUUCUUUUCUUUUCCUUUUUUCUUUUCGUUUCUUUUUCUUUUCUUUUUUUCUUUUUCUUUUCUUUUCUUUUCUUUACUUUUUUCUUUUCUUUUCUUUUCUUUUUCUUUUCUUUUCUUUUCUUUUCUUUUUUCUUUUCUUUUUCUUUUCUUUUCUUUUCUUUUUUCUUUUCUUUUUCUUUUCCUUUUCUUUUCUUUUUCCUUUCUUUUCUUUUCUUUUUUCUUUUCUUUUCUUUUCUUUUCUUAA